GUUCCAAUUAUUGAAAUAUUAUUAUAAGAAAAUUUUAUCAUAUCAAAUUCUCAAAAAACAUAACCUAAAGUGUAUACGUAAGUCUAUAUAAAUUAUAGAAAUCGAUAAUGUCAAUACCAUCUUAAAUUUUAAACCGUAACACAAUAAUAUAAGAAUAAUAUACUUUCAUAUUAAUAAUAUCUAAAAAAAUUUGUGCGGUUACAGCGAAUUAUUAGAAAAGAUAGAGAAAGAGAGAGGUUAUGUCGACAUUUCAUCUUGACAGGCGCAACUGCUCAGCUGCGUUAGGAAGUAGAAUAUAAAAAAGUCGCAAAAAGGUUGUGAGUAGUCAGUGAACAUUCGGCUCUCGACUGAGCAGGUAGUACGUAAGAGGUUCUUAUCAAGUUUUCCGAAGUGAACAAAUUUCAAUUUUACUAUUUUUCUGAUCUGUGCAGAAAAUUAUUUUACAAUUUCGAAAAUAAAAAUAUACAAGAAGAGCAAAUAUGGACGAUAAAAGAAUCGAACAUAUUGUAAUGACACCAAAAUGCAAAACUGGGAAUUCAACAACUUUAAUUAUAGAAAGGCAGGCUUUAGAACCUCCUACAGAAAAUGGAAAUGAUAAUGUACAUGUUGCUGGUGGAGAUCACAAAGGAAUAGUUAUCAAUAAACAAGCUAUUAAUGUGACAAAUGGUGAAAUAUCAUCACCCCAUCUGUGUCUUCAAUUUAGAGUAUUUUUAGUAAGUACACAAACUGGGAAACAUACACAAGAGUCUAGGACACUUGAAUUUUGGUUUUGCGACACUUGUUCAGAAACUGAACAGCCUACUGUUGCACAAGAAUUUUUCAGAGAACUGGUUGCACCACAAGAAUUUCCAAGAGAUUAUGUGGGAUUUAUAAAGAAAAUAAUAAAGCUAAUGCAGCACAAGUACUCCAGUAUUAAAAAAUUAGAGGUAGAACUAAAACAGCUUGAAGAACCAAUUUCACUUCCAACUAGACCAUCUCGUACCGGUUACUUACUCAUCACACUUCCUUCAUCUAAGAAAAUUAUUUGGAGAACAGUAUCUACAGAUGAAGCUGUUAUGGAUCAAGUAGUAGAGCUCACUAUUGAAAAGGUGUUGGAACUUAUUGAAUCUGCUUAUCCAAAUCCAGUUACUGUAAUUGACAUAGCAAAAGAACAUGGUUGGGAAGUAUCUGCAGUGGAAGCAAAAAUGAAGGAACUACAAGAAAAGGGUGUUGUAAAAGCAAUGGAGCAUGGAGCUUUCACUAGAGUAGUACAUCAAGAUACUCAAGUGCAGGUUGUCAAACAAAUGCCUACAAUGGCCAGUUCUAAGCAGCCAACAAUAGCAAUUAUCACUGCACAAUAUUGUGAAAAGCUUGCAGUAGAUUCUAUGAUCGAAAAUAAAGAAACGUUUGUUCGAUAUACGACUGUAGGAGAAUCAAACGUAUAUACAUUGGGUAAUAUCGGUGCUCAUAGAAUCGUUUGCACAAAACUACCAACCGUGGGUCAUACUCGAGAAGCUAUGACCGCUGCAGGAAAUACUACAACCAGACUAUUAGGUACUUUCCAAAAGGUCGAUUUCGUAUUCCUGGUGGGUGUUGGCGGAGGUGUACCGCAUUAUACGGAUUAUAACAAGCACGUGAGGCUCGGCGAUGUGGUUGUUUCACAUCCAACUCUGAUUAAUAAAAAAUAUGUAUACGUAUACUGCGAGAGUGCGAAGACGAACGAAAAUGGUAACUAUCAUUUCGAGACCAAAGAAUAUUGUCCACCUAAUCUAGGUCUUCAGGAGAUAGCCGUUAAUCUCAAACAACAGUCGGAAAACGAAAUAAGUCCUCCUUGGCAAGAAUAUCUGAAAGAAGGUAUAGAAAGUUUAGGUAAUCAAGCGGAGCACGACUUCAAAGCACCACCCCCUGAAUCCGAUAAAUUGUACAUGGCUAUUGGAGACAGAGACGUAAUUGAAGUUGCUCAUCCUAUUGCUCCUCAGGAUGCGACGAACAAGAGAAUGGACGGUUGUCCUCGAAUCCACUUGGCACCAAUCGCUUCGGGUCGACAAAUUGCACGAGAUGAUCAACUCAGGCAAAAAUUUGCCACUCGAUUUGGUGCUCUUGCUUUCGAUGCUGAAAUGGACGCCGUCGUUGAAAGUAUCCUUGGAAAUUGUAGAGAGAGUUUCGCAGUGAUACGAGGUAUCUCCGAUUACAAGGACGGUUCUCGUAUCAAGGAGUGGCAACCUUAUGCAUCCUUGGCAGCUGCGAGCGUUAUGAAAGCUGUUAUUUGCGCUAUGGAUCCACCAACCAACGUUUAAUCUUCAUUGUUUUCCUAUUUCUUGAGUGGAUCGUUACCCGAUUUACUUGAUACGGCAUGUAUCGCAUUAAAAUGCGAUAUGGACCAAAUCUUUUGAUGAUCGAACAUCAGAUAACUUCGUUGACAAAACUGAUCGGCACAAAGUGCAUAAAUAAUAAUCGGCGAAUAUUUUUGUUCGUCAUUUUUCACUGAUAUAGAAAUCGUACUAUAUAUGUAGAAAUCGUUAUAAACGGGCCACCGGCAAUUUCAUUUUCUACUUUUACUUUCGUUUCUAUUCGUCGAAUUUUUAUGAUGUAGUAGGUUUACACGAGGUGAUUUCUGAUAUAAAAGAAUAUUUGAACAGAUAGGGAUGUUCGAUAGGUACAAUGAGAUCAUAAACCAUCUUUGGUUGCUGGUCAACCGUGCAAUAAAACGAUCGAAAGAUACGCGUAAUUAUCGCCUUCCAAAAUGAUUUUUUUUAUGUAUUUUACAAGAAGCUAAUGUUUCUACUGAAGAGUGCCAUUUUUCAGACAUCAUUUUUUUAACAGGAAAUCAAGUUCCAUUCCGAUUUUAUAUCGCAACUUUUUCUGCACAGAUAUCGUUCGCAAUAUCGUUCGAGAUAUUCGAACGUAGCAAUUAUACUGACAAUAACGGUUGAUUUUAUAUAAGCAGAAUCUUAGUAGUUUUCCAAUUAAUUUUCUUUACUUAGCUUCGCUCUUCGUUAUUAUCUAUGCGCGAAUGCCCAUGCUAAUAGAUCGAAACGUAUCGUUCAUGUCAGUCGAAAAGUUUAUAUCAAUGUGAACGCCGAACAAAGUUAUACCGACAUUGAUUUUAAUUAUUUUAUAGAAAUAGUGCCAUUGCUACUGUCCGACAUUAUUGAAUGCUUCUUAUUUAAAGAGAUUAUUUAAGUUAGAUUUGCAUUUAGAAAUCGUUCCUUGGGUAUCUUUUCAAGAUAAAAUUUUUAAUAGAUCGAUUUCACGAUUUAUGAAUAGAACGUAGAGGAAGAAAGUAUUAAAUGUUAGGACCGAAGGAAAACGAGAAUAACACUCGACGUUUUCACGGAGUAUUUCCACUGUCGUACUUUCCAUCGUAAUAUAGGUAUAGAUUAACAAAUCAAUCUCAAUUCGAAUUUACUCGAUGAACGUAGCUAGAUUUAGAUGUGAUAGUUGUCGCUACAAAGUAAAAGUGCGUUGCCAUCAUUUGGCAAUAUUUCUCAAAAUCCAAUCAAAUUAAUCGUUACAAUAUUAGGUACAUCUAUGGUCAUUACAUAUUUACCAGAGUAUAUCGAUGUUUUAAAAAGAUCACAUUUUAUUCAGGAAGCUGCAAGAGUGUUAAAGAUUAUCUAACGUAUAUGGAUACUUUUAUAUUAAUUUACUGUUGUCGAAAAAAGAAUCGAUCGGGGAUAAAAUCGAUGUCUUCACAGAUGAAUGUUCUUAAGAACUACGAGAAUAUUGAUAAGCGUGCCAAUGUGUUCAUACGUACGAAGUAAAAAUUACUGUUCUUGAACAAAUUAUAAAAUUCGAACUACACGAA